AUGAAUAAAACUAAGCCAGAGUUAAGAUAUAAGGCUCAACCUCUUUAUCGAUCAUUAGCACCAUCUUUACCAAUAAUACCAAAUUCAUUUUCUACAGAAACUAAAGAAGCUGUUAAUCGUUUAAGAGAUCAAAUGCGUUAUUAUGCAGUAGUUGAAAUUCGAUCACAAAGAUUUUUAAUUACCAAAAAUGAUUUAGUGAUUACACAUCGACUGCGGGAUGUAAAUGUAGGAGAUGAAUUAAGAUUAAAUCGAGUACUUGAAUUAGGAUCAAAGGAUUUUACUAUUAAAGGUCAACCAUUAGUUUUGGAAGCUUUUUAUAAUAUUAAAGCUACUGUUAUAGAACAACCCAAAGGACCUUUAAUUACGAUUAUUAAAAAGAAACGAAGGAAUCGACAUAAGAAACAUGUUACUCAUAAACAAACUUAUACCGUAUUAAGAAUUUCCGAGGUAGAAGUGAAUAAAUUGGAAUAA